GGUGAGGGCACCGCGCUGCCUAAAGAAGCCGCGCGCCCCCGCCACAGCUCAGAGCUUGCGGCGCAGCGCGCUGGGUGGAAGUGCGGGCACAAGCUCUGUGCCCCGCUUCUGCCGCUCAAGCUGCUCCUUCCAUCCGGUGGGAGCGCGAAGCCUCCUCUGGCCCGGAGGGUGGCCAGAGGAUCACGAGCCCUGAGGGCUUGGUCCUCAGCUACUGUGGCGCGACACUUCCAGCAGCAACAGCAUAGAUAGUGGGCAGUCUCGUUGCCCACUGGUGCAGACACUGGGCUGCACCUUGUCUCCUGCCUGCCUGUCAACACCAUGAUAUCCACCUGCACCAACAAUACUCGAGACGACAACAACAGCAGCCAACCGUGCAUGCCUCUCUCCAAGAUGCCUAUCAGUCUAGCUCACGGCAUCAUCCGCUCCAUUGUGCUGCUUGUCUUCCUCAGCAUAUCCUUUGUGGGUAACAUAGUGCUGGGUUAUGUAUUGCACCGUAAGCCACAGUUGCUGCAGGUGACCAACCGGUUCAUAUUUAACCUCCUUGUCACUGACCUGCUGCAGAUUACUCUUGUGGCCCCCUGGGUCAUGGCCACCUCCAUUCCUAUCUUCUGGCCUCUCAAUAGCCACUUCUGCACUGCCUUGGUUAGCCUCACCCACUUAUUUGCCUUUGCUAGUGUCAAUACCAUUGUGGUGGUGUCAAUAGAUCGCUACCUGUCCAUCAUCUAUCCUCUUUCCUACCCAUCCAAGAUGACCUACCGACGUGGUUAUAUGCUCCUCUAUGGCACCUGGAUUGUGGCCAUCCUGCAGAGCACACCUCCUCUCUAUGGAUGGGGCCAGGCUACUUUUGAUGAGCGUAAUGCCCUCUGUUCCAUGAUCUGGGGAUCCAGCCCCAGCUAUACCAUUGUCAGUGUGGUGUCCUUCAUCGGUAUUCCACUGGUGGUUAUGAUUGCCUGUUAUUCUGUGGUGUUUGGGGCAGCCCGACGGCAGCACGCUCUCCUGUACAAUGUCAAGAGCUACAGCUUAGAGGUGAGAGGCAAAGACUCUGUGAAGAAUGAGAAUGAACAAGGAACAAAGAAGAGGGAUGAGUGCCAGGAUGAGAAUGAGUUCCAGUACCAAGAUGAAGCUCAGGCCAAGACUAAGGAAAGCAGUACCAAGGUGGAAGACAGUCCUAUGGAAGCCGAGGACAGCAGCAUGAAAGCCAGAGAGAGAAGCCUGGAUCUCAGUACAGGGAUCAUGGAGGCCAAGGGCAGUGAAGACGGCAGUGAAAUUCAGGCAAGCAGCCCAAAGGUAGAUACUGGCUGCACAGAGGUCAAUCAGUGCAACAUUGAUUUGGGUGAAGACGACAUAGAGUUUGGUAUGGAUGACAUCCAUUUCAGUGAGGAUGAUGUCGAGGCAAUGAAUAUGCCUGAGAGCCUUCCACCGAGUCACCCAAACAGAAACAGCCACCCGCCAUUGCCCCGGUGCUAUGAGUGCAAAGCUGCAAAAGUGAUCUUCAUCAUCAUUUUCUCCUAUGUGCUGUCUCUGGGGCCCUACUGCUUCCUGGCAGUGCUGGCUGUGUGGGUGGAUGUCCAAACCCAGGUACCCCAGUGGGUGAUCACCAUAAUAAUCUGGCUUUUUUUCCUGCAGUGCUGCAUCCACCCUUAUGUCUAUGGUUACAUGCACAAGACCAUCAAGAAGGAAAUCCAUGAGGUACUGAAGAAGUUUACCUGUAAGAAAAAUCCCCCUGUAGAAGACAGCCACCCUGACCUGCAUGAAACUGAAGCUGGCACAGAGGGAGGUACAGAAGGCAAGGUUGUCCCCUCCCAUGAUUCAGCUACUUCACCUUAAAGUUAGCUCUAACGCAAAUGGUUUAACUGUACACAUACAAAAGAAGAAGAAACAAACAGAAAACAAGAGCAGCUUUCUUUUCAGUGCACCCACCCACAGUCUCAUUAGUGCCAACCUUUACCAUUUCAGGCAAACGUGUUGCACAAGCAUCCUUUUCUAUCACAUGGCAGAUAAAUUAGGAAGAAGUAAGGACUUGGAUCUUUCCUGAAAGGUGUAAGCCCGUCAAAGCAUGGACAUUAGGAUCUCCACCAAAUAUAUAUAUAUAUAUAUUAGGCUCUGAGUUCCCUAAAACAAGGGCUAUAUGGUUUGGAACUGUUCUUGGUAUUCUGCCUGCCUCCCCAGAGCUACAACAUGGCAGCUUUGGCUCUGAGUAAAAGGGAAAGUGAUGCCUAGGGACAUAAGGACUAUCGGGCAUUCAGGUCAGGAACUUAUGGGCUGUGGGGGCUACAUAUUGUGCUGAACUGAAAGAAAAGCAAUUGAGCAAAUUACUUAUGAAGCCCAAAAAGCAGAGCUAGGUGGACUGAUCAUCACAUGAGCCAAUUUCUGUACUGAAGAGCCCCACAAUAUGGUGCGAAGACUAUAGUGCAAACUACAACAAAGGGGGAUUAUGUACUUAGACUAUAAAGAAAUCCCCAGAAAAGGGCAUACGGAAAAUGAGGGUCUAAUUCAAAGGAAGAAAUGGAGAAACAAGAUGUUUCCAUGGACCUAAACAAUUGUGUUUCUUUUUAUUUCUCUCUCUCCUCUCUUUCUCCACGCUCCCCUACCCUGGGUUUCUACUUGGGCUGGAACUGACCUCUGUACUAAUGGAAGAUUGUUGAUUAACAUAAAUAUCUUUUGUCUCCUAUUUUAGUAAGAGUAGGAAAGAAAUCAGGCCAUUAUUUUACUAUUUUCUUUCUGUGACUGAGUUGGAAUGCUCAUAACAAUUCUCUAGACCUCUGCCAGCCAUUUGUGUUUUAAUUUCUUUUAUUUCAAACUGACUUUUUGGUUAAACAGUAUUUUCAGGGUUGUUUUUUUUUUAAAGAAAUUCACAGUAUGAAUGCCCAAAGUUCUAGAAAACUCACACUGCUAGUCAAUUUUAUGUCCACAGGAAGACUCUAUUAUCUCUGUAACCUCAUAAAAAUGAAGUAGGUUCUCCAUAUGGGGAUAAACAUGUUCCUUCCUCCAUGCAUUUAUUUCUUUUCAACCUCUGGCUCUCUCUAAAUCUUGUUAAGUACUCUGUACAAAUGCAGGGGAGAUUACAAGUGUCAGAAAUGACAGAAAGGCUUGUUUCUUAUAAUACCUAGGUAAUAUUUGAACUAUUCCAAAGAAUCUGAAGAUCAAAGUAUCUGAAUCAAAUAUAUCUUAUUGAUUACUAUUGAAACAUACCACUUGUGAUAUGUAAAUUAUCCCCAGGGCAAUUACCCAAAUAAGUUUUAAACUAUCAAACUCUAAAAUCACUUUGGGCAAGGAAAAAACUAACAUAUUUUAGAAAGCAAAGGACAUAUUUAAAGGCAAAAUAACAUCCAACCAAAAACCGGUAAGUAAAUUAGGUAUUGAAAGGAGAUACUUACUGUUAAUAUGAAUGGAGGGAAGGUGGAGGAAUAUUUCAUUAAGAUGAUUAAACAGAAGGUUGUAUGUGACAGUGUGUCAUAUUCAGAGUUUAACAUUCUAGUGUUGUCUUGUCUUUAUUAGAAUUCAAUUUUUCACUUAAAAAUGCCCUUCAUUUAUACUUUAUCUCUUCCUCCUCCCAGAUUCCGGCAUGAACUUUUCAAGGGGGAAGGUAAACGGCUGUGAAUCAUGGAGCUGUAAGAUUACCUUACUCAGAAUUCAGGGGAGUUAAUAGAAGCAGAUAGUACUGAACUGAACUGUCAGAUCAGUAUGUCCAUAAGAAGUUUACCAGUGUCAACUCAUUUAGAACUUGUGAUAGCCUCAGACAAGGCAUGGAAUCUACACUAAAUCCUCACUCUACCAUUUAUUUUUCCAAAAUUUUUAUAGCAAAUUAGUAGUCAAAUUUUAGUUUUUGACUACUGAUUUAUUGAUAAACUUAUAUUGGCUCAUACUUAAAAGACAUCUGGGUGAAUUGGCUUUUUUGAUCAAUUUUCUUGCUUUGUUUCUUCCUGGUUUGUAACAGAGGAGUUCAGAGAUGGCAGUGCCUGUUCUAUUAGUAGAAAUGCUUACAUCCUUACAUAGAAAAGGGUAUUUCAAAUGUGUUUUCAAUAUUUUAUUGAAACUGAACUUCUUGUUUUAUUUUUGAAGCUCAACCCCUUCAAAGUGUGACAAAGAAAAUUGUUUGCCAAAAUCUAAAUGGAACCAGAAUCUGUAUGAGUGUGGUAAGUCCAUUUGACAACACCCACAUCUUCCAGGGUGCUGAGAUUCACCUGCUCCUAGCAUCAUUUAACUUUUACUGUUUUAUUCACUGUCCAUUCUUUUGGCAAACAGGAUUCUUCAAAGGUGAAGACCUUUUGAAAACAGUGUGGAAAGGACGACCUUUGAGUUAAAGGCAUUCUGUCUUGAUGACAUUUUCUUUUAAUGAAUGAUAGGGCUUCUGGUUAGCAUGGAGGUGGCAACUGCUUCAUGUUUUGGGCUGUUUUGAAUAAAGAACUAUCAACUUAAUGAGGUUUCACUAUACAAAAUGUUUUGCCAUUUAAAAAUAUGAAAUCACACACAAAAGUCAUCAUUACCUUCCCAGAUCAUCAUAGCCAAUCAUUUUCCCAAAAUGUUUUUAAAGGAUAUAUUAUUUUGUCAAGACCAUUACAAAUGUUCAGUAAAAAAAAAAAAAAAUCCAUUGAAUUGUGGCCAUGGAUUAAACAAGGAAAAGGGAUCACAGGCAUGGUCAGAAAGUAAAGGUAUUUUGUGUCACUUGUGCAGCUCCAAUCUGAUUUAGAAAUGGUGAGGUAUCUACUUCAAGUUCAGCAGGUAAGGAAAGAUGUCACUUUAGGGUUUAUAAGAAAG